AUGGGUCGAGCAAUGGCGCGAUGGCGGCACACUUAUGACGUUAGCGCUCGUACAACGUUAACACACACGGGAGCCUUCCGGUGGCAUGCGACCGACCGUCAGCUCGAAGCCGCUCAACGAGUAAAUAUUGGCAUUAACCGUCGACCGACGCCACAGACGACGACCACCACGUUGGGUCACAAACGAAUCGGGUGUGUGUGUGCGUAG